AUGGGAGGACGUGACUUUUAUAAAAUUCUGGAGGUCUCACGUGAUGUGAGCGAGAGUGAAUUAAAGAAGGCGUACAAAAAAUUGGCGAUGAAAUACCAUCCCGACAAGAACCCUGGUAACAAACAAGCCGAAGAGAAAUUCAAAGAAGUCGCUGAGGCGUACUCUGUCCUUUCUGAUCCAAAGAAGAAGGAGAUCUAUGACAAUUAUGGAGAAGAAGGGCUUAAGUCUGGAAUGGGUGGAGGUAAUGGCGGGUUCUCAUUUGGAGGGUCUGAUGCAUUUGACAUCUUCAACAUGAUGUUUGGAGGAGGAUCUGGAAGGAAAGGGAAAUCGUCGUUCUCCUUUGGUGGGAUGCCCGGCGGAUUUUCAUUUGGCGGGAUGCCUGGAGGGAUGCCAGGUGGUCAAAGUUAUUCAUUUGGAAUGGACGAUGACGAUCAAUUUCAACCGCGACGUCCGAAAAAACAAGAGAAAGCUCCCGACGUCGUAGCCAAUUUGAAUUUAACAUUACAGGAGCUUUACACGGGAUGCACAAAAAACAGAAAAGUGACUAAAAACAUCACUGAUGACUAUGGAAGAACAUCACAAGAAACAAAUAACAUCGAAAUUAAUGUACAACCUGGGUGGAAAGACGGGACCAAAUUAAGAUUUGAGAACUAUGGGGAUGUAGAACCUGGUGUCAUUCCAGCUGACAUUGUCUUUGUUGUGAAGACUAAAGAGCACGACGUUUUCAAAAGAGAGGGCGAUGAUUUGCACUGUGAUGUCAAAAUUACUUUACUCACCGCAUUGACUGGGGGAUCAUAUACAUUGGAAUGUAUUGAUGGCAAAAAAAUAACAAAACAGAUCACAAAAAUUAUCGGUGCAGACACAACUGAGACAAUCGAAGGAAAAGGUAUGCCUAUCAAGCGGACUGGGAAAUAUGGGAAUUUGAUUGUGCACUUCAAAGUACAGAAUCCAGUUUACUUAUCUGAAGAUCAAAAGAAAGGUUUAAAGGAUGUGUUAAACACCGUCAAUAGUUGGGCUUGA